AUGAAUACACGAAGGGCUAAUGCUAGAAGGGUGGAAGAAGAGAAUGUGAAUCAAAGAGCUCCUCCUCAAGAUAAUCAAGUUCCGGUUGAUCCCGUAAUGGAGAAUGUGACCCAUGCGGAGUUUAGGUCUACUAUCCAAUUGUUGGCUCAAGUUGUGAUAACUCAAGCCAAUAGAGAGGUAAUUGCUCCUAGGAACACUAAUGUGAAUUCCACAGCUUCUAGAUUGAGGGAUUUUUCUAGAAUGAACCCUCCCGAGUUUCAUGGUUCCAAUGUGGGAGAGGACCCUCAAGAAUUUGUGGAAGAGGUUUAUAAGUAUGCUCCGACUUUGGUGGCGGCUUCAAGGGACAUGAUGAGUAAGUAUUUGACGAGCGUGUCUAGAUUGGUGAGAAAAAAAUGUCAUUCGGCAAUGCUUCAUGAUAAGAUGGAUAUCUCACGUCUUAUGGUGUAUGCCCAAAAAAUGGAGGAAGAGAAACUCCAAGACAAGAAUAGGGAGGUAAAAAGAGCUAGAACCAAUGAUGUGAACUUUUCCAAUGUUAGGUCCGAUGGACAAGGUCGGCAAAGGGUGAGGGAUGUUGAAUCUGAAAUCCCUUCAUUAGAGUCGGUUCCGUUAGUGAAUGAGUUCCCGAAAGUUUUCCCCGAUGAUUUGCCUGGUAUUCCUCCUGAGCGGAAAUAG